AUUUAAUAGAAAACAAGGCGUCUAAAAGAAUAUUUUACAGUCUGGUAUUUCUUUACUGUUCUCUGCAAAACGACAAAAGUAAAGAUUUUUUCGAAAAAUUGAAAAGACCAGACAACGGUUAUUUUCUUAGUAUUAUUCUCACUCUUUCUCUGUAAACUUGAAAAACUUCCCUUGUGUCCUUGUGCAAAUAAAACUUCCAAGACAAUUCACUGUCUUAAGACAUAUCUAGAAGAGCGUCAACAAUUUCUUAUGAAUAAUAAACUUGGAGCUGAGAGAAAAUUGUUGCAUCAAUUCUCGCUAUUCUGUCCGCUUUUCUCGUCAGUGUUGCUCAUGUGUUUAUUCAAAGUCUUUAUACUCUGCAUAAACGAGCCCUAGAGGAUUCAAUUUGGAGCGAAAUACUUUAAGUAAGUUUGAAACAAGACGGACUCUUAGUGUCGGUCCGAAAGGUGUCUAUCUUAGGUGUCCAUUGCUUUUGUUUGUCUAGACCUGCAAGUAAUUGGAGUUUCAGUUUGACUCACACAGUCGACUGUCUGUUAACAGACACCUUUACAAGACAGAAACCUCUGUGAAACGGACACCUAGAGUUGAUCCCUGCCUUUCUUUACUCCCUCUAUUUGACUCUCAAUAAGAUGGACAUCUCUGUAAAACAGACACCUUGAGUUGGUCCCUACCUUUCUUUACUGCCUCUAUUUGACUCUCAAUAGGAUGGAUAUCUCUCUAAGGCGGACACUUAGUGCAGGUCCGAAAGUUAGAGAGAGUUAACUGUAUCAUUGUUAAUUUUUGUUCGUCUCCAAAUAAUGGGAGUUUCAGUUUGACUUAAGUGAGUGUGCAGGGUACCCUGGGGACGUUUAAACGAUUAGUGGCCACCCUUACCUCACCCUUAUGAGUUCCCCUUAAAGGUCAAAUCAACUAAAAAAUCGACAUUCUUUAUUUUAGUUCAAUUCUAGUGAAAUAUGUUUAAUACGAACCGAAUAAACAUACUAUGAAGUUUCAGUUCAAUGAAGCAAGCAUCUCCGAGAUAUUGGAAAUUAAAAAUUGUUAUUUUUUGACCCUUAUCUUCGUAGAGCGGUGGGAAAAAUUGUCGGUAAAAACAGCUUGUGACGUCAAUGUUGGUCAGGUGAAAAAAAGAGGGAAAUUCAAAACAGUGUUUUUCGAGUCGACUUGGCGCAGAAAUUUUGGUCGACCAAUCAGCGCUCCAGAUCGGAUUCCGGACAGAUUUUACGACAUGGAAUGGAAUAUGUAUGGAAUAUCUGCCGCUAAAUCGCAGACGUUCCUCCUCGAGAAACGUUCCCUGUGGCGAAGAGCAAGGAGAAACGGCUGUUUUAUGUAAAUAAACUCUAUGAAUUGAUUCAGUUCGCGUUUUGAUUGACAACUACAUAAUGAAAUUGUCAAGUUCAUGGCGAAUGUCCGCGAUUUCCAACGAACUCUGGAAACCCUUUGGAUGGCGCAUAUUUUGGCAGACAACAGUUGUUGUGACUGUCGAACUGAGUUGUUUCAAAAAAUAUCUUUAAUCAAAAUGAAAAAUUUCGAAAGUGACAGCUUAACUUAUAGGGUCAUGGAGAAAUUCACUAGGUAAUGGAAAAAAGUGAUGAGAAGAGCUCAAAAGAGGAUGUACCCUGUUUAAACAUGCCAGACAUGCAGUGUCCGUAUGGGUCAUUACACUGAAUGUCAUGAAAAGUCCAUGAACUUGCUCAGAACAUUUUCUUGUCAACUUUUAAUCCGUGAGCCCCAAAAUUAAGCAUUGCAAAUUUUGUAACGCAGGAUUAUAGUCAUAUCCUGCACGUAUAUUUCGUGGGUGUUUUUUGCUAUUCACACCCUUACAUGAACGUCAUUUUGUCUUAAUCAUUAGGUAUAAAGUCAGUUCCUUAAUUCAGCGCAAUUUUGACCUCUAACAUAUACAUCAUUGUUGCUGUAAGCAAGUAAAUAUUUUAUUAAAAUGUAUCGAUUCCCACUAAUAAGUGUACCUCAUUAUAUUUUGGUAUUAUAUUUAUAUUUCUUUAACCUUUCUCAGGGCGUUUGCGGUUUCACAGAAUAAUCAUUUCGCAUGGUUUUUCACAGAUCACACCCAUUUCACAUGGUAUUUUGCAUGGCAAGAAAAUUCCACAGAUAUUUUCACAGGAAGGUUAAUCUAUUCUUGUAACCUGUGAAAUACUACGAGAGAACGUGGAGCCCGUUUCACAGGUAUUUCACACGAUUAUUUCACAUAUCAUUUCACAUCUUUGUGAAAUAACAUGUGAAAACCUGUGUGAAAACUCUGUGAAAUCCAUGUGAAAAAUUCACACGUUUUUCAGAUGAACUUCACAUAUACUUCACAGGGUUGGUGCCAGUAGUGUGUGUAGCAUGCUUAAACUGAUUUAAAUGUAUAAGUAGUUUUUAUACCUAUAUGCUUUUGAGUCAAAAGCGGACAUAGUCAGCUGUGGCACAUGCGCAUUAGAUACCAUUUCCUUCUGAUUUGCAUGUCACGAAACGGGCAUGAAACAAAAACGUAUCCGGAAUACUCUAAACAAACCUUGUAGAGUUGAACUAGUUACAUGCUGAAAUCGUGAAUCUAAGCCAUGUCAGAGCAUCAUUUUUCUUUCUUUUUUUUUUUGAUAUACAUUGAAAAUUCACCGAUGGAUUUUUCCAGGGAAAGCCAAACAUGGACGAAUACUUUUGAAUUCGAAAAUCAUUUAGUAGAGGUGAGAAAUUGCACGAAGUCUGAAUCAUUGUCGAAGGUUCAAGGUAGAGAAAGCUUGAUUUUCCAAAUAUAUGUAACCUUUUCCAUCGAUUUUCCAAAUAUAUAUAACGAUUAUUUGCUCGUCAAAGUUACUGAUUCAUUUGUCUUGUUAUUUUGGUAAACGAGGGUGAUUUUUCUCGCCCGGCGCUUACGCGUUUCCAACGUCUUCUGUUCAUGUUCCUUUGAAUACUUUUUUAAAACCAAAUUUGAUAAAAUAAUGUAAUAGGAUUAGAAAACGUUUGCUCAAAAAGAGAUUUUCAGUAAAAGAUCGAGGAUCGAAUGAAACACUAGGCAGGAUUAAAGCGGAUUUCUAGAUGCAUCAGACGCGGAGAUUCAGUACAAUAUCCUUUCCUUUGUAGCUGGUACUCUUCCCGGGCCUUUGCGCUAGUCUUUGGCCUGGUCCCAGCACUCCUGCCUUAGUCUGUAUUAUUAUUGUUAAUUUUUGUUCGUCUGCAAAUAAUUGGAAUUUCAGUUUGACUUACGUGAGUGUCCAAGGUACCCUGGGGACGUUUAAACGAUUGGUAGCCAACCUUACCCCACCCCUUUGAGUUCUCCUUGCGGUCUUAUAGCUGACUGUCUCCUUUUAAGAGGGUUAUCAAAUGUAAAUGAACGUCAGAUGUUGAGUUGAGGCCUUUAAAUAAAGUGUUCACUUGCUCAGAAAAGGAAAAAUAUAGAAAAACAUAAACAUUUUGUUAAGCACUUCGCGAAUUUCAUUCCCCAUUAUCUGAAUACAUUCCGCAGACUGAGUAAUGGGACAACAAAACGUAGUAUAGUAUGACCUGUUUUUUUUAAUUCGUUCAUUCCUCUAAGAUUAAAAUUUUCAUUUCGUAACUUUUGUUUCUUCGUUAAUUAGAUUUAUAAUCAAGACAGCCGGAGGGAAUAGGAUUUGCAAAACUCUUAGUGGGCGCUCCUUGCAUAUUAACUAAACUUCCUCGCUUUAUAAGACGGUGUAAAGGCGAUCGUUUCAAACGCAGUUUUUAUUUUCAGUGAGCUAUGCCAAUGGCAACAAACCGUUAGGCGAUACGGUUAUCUCCUCAUCAUUUGUCACCACCUGAGUCAGUACUAAACCCAGCUUGUGAGUCAGCUGGCACGAUCGAGUCUUAAGCACUGAGCAUGAGGGGUCGUACACCCAGAGCGUCACCUUCUGUCACGAUCCGUCGGAGUUCCGGUAGACUGGUCGAAUUCGAGGAUCGAACGCACCUGGCUCAGUUCCUCUGUAUGGCAAGUUUUUUUUGUUGUUGUUGUUAACUUUUUCUGUUGUUGUUUUUCAUUGUUUUGUUGUUUUGUUUUUUGUUAAUGAAACUGGGACCAGUUGCAUAUUACACAACGAAACUGCUGACUUAUGGCUGUUAAAAUGUAUAAGUUUGGCUUCCUCAGCCUGCCGCAGAUCGUCGUUCAAGUGUUACAAGCCUUACUUGCUAUCAGUUGUAACAUUAGCAAUAAUUGUCAAAUCGAAAGGGAAAGUAAAAUAACUUACACUACUGCUUGGAAAGGGGAGAAGUUUUCCUUGUGGUGUGACCUACCCCCGGGGCCUACCCACCCACACACUUUAUUCAUAUCAUCAUAGGCUGAGUGGGUUACAGUAAGCUCAUAAAUUGGCCGAUACUGGCUGCCAAUGGCGCCCUUGAAUGCUGACCAAGGGUGGAUUUGGGGUGGGCCCAGGGGGCCCCGGCCCCUGCUUUUGUGCGGGAAUUUUUUCUUUUGUAAACGUGUGUCGGAUGUUCAAUAUGGAAUCCAGGCAUUUGCUAAAUUUAAGCGUCCAGAAUGCACUAGAUUGCAUCUCAGAGAACUCCAGUCUUUAACAUUUCCCCAGAGGAGCAUGCUUCUGAAACUACUUUAUAGAGUGCGCCGUUCGCAGUCCUGAUGGGCGCUAUCGCGCCCAUAUUGCCACUGUAUACUAUAUCUCUAGGCCCCCUCUAUCACAAAAUCCUCCCCCCGCCUCUGCUGACGUCCGAGCGUACUGUAAAGAUAUUAACAUGCGGGAAAGACGACACGUAUGUUGUCCUCCAAUCUCCUUCACGAAGUUUCUUUCAUUCAUUUCAUUCAAUAAUUACUAUAUAAACGAAUGUCGUAAACGGUUUGGCUGGAGAAAUAGAAAAGAAUGUUUUGAAGUUCUAAUCCUCGCCGAAAAGAAAAUUCCAGUCCUAGCUCCGCCUCAUCCAUUCUGACGUUCGUAUUAUUAAAAAGACUGCUCUCUUUCUUUCUGAAACGUGCUGAUGAUGUCCACCAAACUCAUCAUAUUUUUUUUAUUAUUCUCUUCAAGCCGUCGUGAUUGGAACUACAGACUACUACCUUUCAAGAACUGAUUUUGUCUCG